UUUUUUUUUUUUUUAUUUUUCAUUUCCCCCCUUCUAUUCCUUUUACUUUUCUUUCUUUUUCUUGAUACCAAUCUUAUUUACUUGACCUAUACGUUUUGGUUAUCAUCCUCUUUUUUAUAUUUUCUUUUUUUUUUUCAUCAUAUACAUACACACCAAUAAAGAUGCAUUCUUCUUGGACCUCCAAUUUGGAAGCAAAAGUGGUAAUUCUUGGUAGUCAAGGUGUAGGGAAGACUUCACUUGUAGUACGUUACAUCUCCAAAACGUUUGCACCUAAUUCUACUUCUACUAUAGGUGCUUCCUUUAUGACUAAGAAACUUACUGUGGACAAUUGCAAAGUACAUCUUCAAAUAUGGGAUACUGCUGGGCAAGAACGUUUUCGAGCCAUGUCAAAACUUUAUUAUAGAGGUGCACAGGCGGCUUUACUAGUAUAUGAUAUCACAUCUCAAGAAAGUUUUCAAGAAUUACACUCUUGGAUAGAAGAACUCAAAAGAAAUAUGAGUGAUGAAUUGGUGAUGGUUGUCGUAGCAAAUAAAAUAGAUUUGGCAUCACGUCGAGAAGUAACACUGGAACAAGCACGAGAAUAUGUCACGCGCGUUCUUGGUCCGGAUACAUUAUUAUAUGAAGUCUCCGCCAAAGAAGAUGAUGGUGCAAUUGAUGAUAUUUUUUUGAACUUGACAAGAAACCUGGUGGAUAGAAAACAAUACCUUCCUCGUGAUAAAAGACGACCCCCUCCUAUGAAUAUCAUUGAAGCUGAUCCACCUAGCAAACCUUCCUCUUGUUGCGGCAUCUUUUAGAUAUAUACAAAUUCAUUAUACCUUUUUUUUUUUUAUAUUAUUGUUCACUUUUACUAUUGUGCAACCCUUUUAUCUAUCUUUUGAAUAAAAAUAGUUUGUUAGAUUUUAUCACUCAUCAUGAUUAACUUGAACCGGGCUUUUAAAUAGAGUAUAAACUCGUCGUCACGGCAACUGUGCUUUGAAAGGGUUUUCA